AUGGCAGACGACAAGCCCACCGAAUACGUCACCCUGGUCUCGAACGACGGCUUCGAGUUCAAGAUCCUCCGCUCAGCAGCAUGCAUAGCAGGCACGAUCAAGAAAGCACUGGAUCCGCUUUCCGGCUUUCGGGAAAACGCACAGAACCGCGUCGACUUGCCUACGAUCAAGUACGUCUACUCCAACCAUGCCUCCCAUUCCCUAUCGGGCCGCCGUAUCUCAGCUAGACGAUACAUCAUGAGAGAAGAGGCUAAUGGAGAUGCUUAG